AUGGUACUUGAAGAUGUGACAGAAUAUGAAAAUACGCCAGAAGGUCGGAAAACAACUCAUUUGGAACAAAUUCUGUUAAAUGGAAACAAUAUUACAAUGCUUAUUCCUGGUGGAGAAGGACCAGAUUGA